AUGAUGUCGGAGGAUUGGACUCUGGCAGAAGUAGGUGAUCGUACACGCACUACUUUUCCGGAGCGUUCCGCACCCGUCGCGUUUGGUCCGAUUUGGAUCAUUUCGGAAUGGAUGCCGGCAGUAACUUGGACGUUCGUGCAUGUCCACCACAACGUACCUCCACUAGGCGUCCGGACCUACUUGCAAACGGCCGGCACGCUUGCGGGUGCGAGCCACGGCCGUCUCGGGCGACCCGCACAGAGGUGGGUUUUGGUAGACGCGUGGCAGCGCGUCGUUCCGUUUGUGUCCAUUCUUCCCUCUGGGCGCGCGGAGCUCUUCCUCGGGGACAAAUUUGGCGAUGUGGCGCGCGAGUUGCCCGAUGGCAGUGGCGCUUGGGCUGUGAGUAUUAAGGGCGCUCGGGUCGAGAAUGAACGAAUUCAGAUUGACAUCAACGCACACAGCGUCUGGCUGCAAUUUGACUCUAAGGUAUUGUCGGCGGUGAAAAACUACCUGCGAACCGUCGCCACCGCCCCACCACCAGGGAGCGGCGAGAGAGAGCCAGCGUCGUACCGGCGGUGCCCUGCUCCUUCUUCGGACGGUUCCGCGUGUAAUCAGAUGUAG